AGGCUGAACUCCACUCUCAAUGCCGCUCUGAUCUCGCCUCCGAAACUGGAGGCUGGCCGAUGAACUACAAAGCCCAAAGUGCAACGUGGGCGCAGGCGCUACAAAGCCUGGAGAGGGCGAACCUUUCCCGAGUGAGGGAUUUACCGGUUGGAUCAUAUGGUGCUGUGCCAAUAAUGUGAUUCAAUGUUUCGCCCUAGAGCGAAGGAAUGAAAUCUUGUCGCUGUAUUUUAUAAAUUGGACUGUCAAGGAUUUAAUGACCCACUGAACAAACUAGAGUUUUUUUUAAAUUUGUGACGCCACGUGUGGAAGAUACCUUUUUUAAAGAGUUGAUUGGCAAAUAUAAUUUGAGAAGGAGACGUAAAUAUUGCGGAGUAUCAAUCUUGGCACGGUUGGACAAAAAUGAGCGUAUCUGCCGCUAGGUAGGCCGGGUGUUACCAUGUUAAAAAAAGGCGUGGUGUGGUGAUGAAAAUGAACUUGUCAGAAUUUGUUACUGUAUAACACUGUUGCGGAACACCCUCUUACUGCCGGCUUAUCCCGUAAGAGCUGAGGAACUCGCUUCUCGCAGGUGAUUAGAGGGCUCAGGUUUGGAAUACUGAGGACAUUUAAUCUUUCUGCUGAUUAAGGAGAAGGUAGAAAAUGCCCACCACGUUGAUAGACUCAUUUUGAAGAAGAUCAAAGAAGCUGUUGGAUGUCUCAUGCGAGUCUCAGGACUAAACAGCAGUGUGAAACACAGGAACCCAGGGAGUCUUCCAAAGAAAAACAAGCCCAGCGCAAGAAACUAGGCAGAUGGUACGGGAACAAUACCUGACAACACAAGGCUGUAGCCUGCAGAGGCCAGAGAACCAAUAUGUCUACAAGAUUGGGAUCUAUGGCUGGAGGAAGCGAUGCCUUUAUUUAUUUGUGCUACUGCUUCUCAUCAUCUUAGUUGUGAAUUUUGCAUUGACUAUCUGGAUUCUCAAAGUGAUGUGGUUUUCUACAGAUGGAAUGGGAUAUCUAAGAGUUACAGAAAAUGGGCUUCGUUUGGAAGGAGAGUCUGAAUUUCUUUUCCCAUUGUAUGCCAAAGAAAUUCGCUCCAGAACGGACUCCCCCUUGCUUGUGGAUUCUUCACAGAAUGUGACUGUUAAUGCUCGUAACUCUGAAGGACAAGUCACAGGCAGAUUAACAGUGGGUCCCAGUACAGUGCAAGCUCAUGGAAAACAUUUUGAAGUCAACUCGAACACAGGCAGAAUGCUAUUUUCUGCAGACGAGAAUGAGGUGGUGGUCGGUGCUGAUAGACUUCGAGUCACAGGGCCAGAAGGUGCUCUCUUUGAACAUUCUGUGGAGACACCAGUUGUCAGAGCUGAACCAUUCAAGCAGCUCAGGCUGGAGUCUCCAACACGUUCUUUGUGCAUGGACGCACCAAAAGGAGUUCAGAUCAAAGCGAGAGCUGGAAACGUUGAAGCUUCUUCUCAGAGGGACAUUGUUUUUCAUACAAGUGAAGGAACGGUAAUGUUAGAUGCUGAGACUGUGAAACUACCCAAGUUGCCUCAUGGGGCUCAGGGGGGAUCUGGAAAUCCUCAGGGACUUUAUGAAGUUUGUGUCUGUCCAGAUGGAAAGCUGUACCUGUCUGUCGCAGGAGUGGGAUCUACCUGCCAGGAAUACAGCCGAGUGUGCCAGUGAGCAUCUUGGUGUCUCCUCAGAUCUUCUGAGAACUUGACAUUUGAUCCAGCAAUUUUGAAAACGUUUGAAUUUUUUCAGUAAAUGCAGCUGUAAGUAUCAGUGCCAUAUAAUCAUUUUUUAAGUAAGUGGUAAAAGAUUUCCCUGCGCCAAUACAUCUAAUCUGUGACAUUAAACAGAAAUCCCUAUUGCCCCAGAAAAAAACCGAAAAUAGUCAAUUUACAAAUGGACAACAAGAGCACAAUUCAAACUCUAAUUUCAAAUAAUGGAAGCAGAAGUCUAACUUGGGCUGAUUUUCCAUUGUUGCACAUACAGCAUUGCUAAACACUCCACGUAUUGGACUGCAACAUGAUGUACCAUAAACAGUUACAUCAGACGAUCCUCUGAUUAUUGAACAUUUUUAUAGGAAAGCUAUAUGGACUCAGAAUUAUAAAUCGACAUUUUCUAUCAGUGCAUCAAACUAACUACGUCAUCAUCCAAAUUGUAAGCCAACAUCUGAGAUUCAUUUUUUUAACAAUUAAAAUACAUUGUAUUAAUUCAAUUUUGAUACACUUACAGUGGGGACUUGGUUGAUUUUGACCGGUGUCCGUUUGAUCUCUAUGCAAUAACAUUUAUUUUCCUGCAAUAACACUUGAACCACAAGAGCUGUGCUUUUUGUACAAAACUACAAUGUGGAAUAAAGUACCCAAAGCUUUACCAUCUAUAUGUAAACCACAGUAUUAAAGUUGCAGUACCCUUUCUUAGUCUUUUUAUAAAGCUGUGUUGAAAUGUAUAAAAUAAAAUUACACAAUCCCGA